AUACUCUUUGAUGAUAACCAAAUGAUAACGAACGAUAAAUGAUAAUAUUAUUUUGGUGAUAUGAAAUUAUGAUACGUACCUAUUGUAAUCUACAAGAGUUAGGAACCUACCUGGGGAUCCUUUAACGUAUCGAAUCCUUAAGCAACAUCCUACUCACUCUAUGCUAAAUAAGUGUGAAUGUGAAGGUCUCACAGAUGUGUAAAGAAUAAUGUGAGAAAUUGAGAAUAUUAAAUCAUAUUAAAUAGAAUAUGAUCUUCACGAUCGUGUGCCGCUUGUCCCAGUGGCUCCUAACUACUCGCUUGAUAGUUUUCUUGGUAUUUUAAUGAAUGUCUAUCUAGUAGUUUAUCAGUUUCGCUUAUCACAGAAUUACAGAAAAUCGAAAGAACAGAAUGCAUAAAUCUAUCUGGAAUGUACUAUAUCUUUUCUUUGUGAUGAUAUUAUUACGAUGCUGAAAUAAGUUUAUGGAAACGUAAGGGAAACGUUCAAAACCAGAUUGGCAUCCUCAAAAUAUAUGAUAAUGGAAGGUCAAGAAUAUGAUCAAGCAUCAUUUUUAAUCGGACUUAGUCUAGCAAUAUUGUCUAGUAUUUUUAUAGGGUCAAGUUUUAUAAUCAAAAAAAUGGCUCUGAAGAAAAUGAAUGCUUUAGGAAAUACUAGACCAUCAGCAGGAGGCUAUUCCUAUUUGAAGCAAUGGAUGUGGUGGCUGGGUUUCUUAACAAUGGGCAUAGGAGAGGCAGCGAACCUUGUAGCCUAUGCAUUUGCUCCAGCAGCAUUGGUGACUCCACUGGGUGCUCUGAGUGUGCUUGUUGCUGCGGUACUCUCUGCUAAAUUUCUCAAUGAAAAACUUAAUUUUGUUGGAAAGAUUGGGUGUUUUUUGUGUAUCAUUGGAUCAAUUAUAUUUGUUAUACAUUCACCUAAACAUGAAGAAAUAAACCAAUUUUCAGAACUUAUAACAAAGUUAGGUGAUCAUAUAUUUUUAAGUUAUGUUCUGACUAUAUUAACAAUGUCAUUAAUUAUUAAGAUAGUUUUUGUCUCUAGAUUUGGCAAUACUAGUAUCAUUGUAUAUUUGUUAAUAUGUUCAGCUAUUGGCAGUUUAACUGUAGUUUUUUGUAAAGGAGUAGCUUUAGGCCUUAAAGAUAGUAUUAAAAAUGACACAAAUCCUCCCUAUAGUUCUAGUUAUGUGUUUUGGGUGUUGCUUAUUUUGUCCAUUAUUUGUAUCAUCAUACAAAUGAACUACUUAAAUAAAGCACUUGAUAUAUUUAAUACAAACAUUGUAACACCAGUUUAUUAUGUUAUGUUUACAGUGUUAGUCAUAAUGGCUUCUGGCAUUUUGUUUCGGGAAUGGGAGCAUAUGAAAACCUAUGACAUUUUAGGCUGUUUUUGUGGUUUCUUUAUUUUAAUGGUAGCAGUAUUUACCCUAAAUACAUUCAAAGAUAUAAGUUUGACUUUUAAAGACUUGAAUCUUAAUUCUAGACACAGAGUUUCAUAAGGUACAUAACAUCUUCAUCUGUAGAUGCCAUACAUGAUGAUAAGUAUUAUUCCAAUACAUAUUACUAAGGAAGUGUCUGGCCUGCCAUGAGUUGUUGUACAAUUAAAUAGAAUUGUUGGUGCCAUUUUGUUGGUGCAAAACAAGUAGAACAAUCUGAACACAAGGUGUAUGACUGAUUUUUG